UAAAAUAAUGUAUUUUAUUCUAUUAUUUUCUUAUUUCUCUUGAGAGAACAUAUAAUUAUUAUUGUGAUACAUGUUUUAAUUUAUUUAUAUUGAUAUCUAUUUGACAUAUUUGAUAAUAAAUAUACUAUUUAUGCUACUUAAAGUAACUCUUGUAUUUUGUUAUAUCUAUUAACAAAAUGAGUGGUGAAGAAAGACUUGUUACAGAAGUUCCCAGUAGUUUAAAACAAUUAGCACGUUUGGUAGUACGUGGAUUUUAUACAAUAGAAGAUGCAUUAAUUGUUGAUAUGUUAGUUAGAAAUCCAUGUAUGAAAGAAGAUGACAUUUGUGAACUUUUAAAAUUUGAACGUAAAAUGUUAAGAGCUAGAAUAUCUACAUUACGUAAUGAUAAAUUCAUACAAGUUAGAUUAAAAAUGGAAACUGGAUCAGAUGGAAAAGCACAAAAAGUUAAUUAUUAUUUUAUUAAUUAUAAAACUUUUGUAAAUGUAGUAAAAUAUAAAUUAGAUUUAAUGAGAAAAAGAAUGGAAACUGAAGAAAGAGAUGCAACUAGUAGAGCUAGUUUUAAAUGUACAAAUUGUUUGAAAACUUUUACUGAUCUUGAGGCAGAUCAGUUAUUUGAUAUGACUACUGGUGAAUUUAGAUGUACAUAUUGUCGUGAAGUAGUGGAAGAAGAUCAAUCUGCUCUUCCUAAAAAAGAUUCAAGACUAUUAUUAGCUAAAUUUAAUGAACAAUUAGAACCUUUAUACAUUUUAUUAAGGGAAGUGGAAGGUAUUAAAUUAGCUCCUGAAAUAUUGGAACCUGAACCAGUUGAUAUAAAUACUAUUAAAGGUAUUGAUACAAGAAAACCAAGCAGUUUAAGAGCACCUGGUGAGCAAUGGUCUGGUGAAGCUACCAGAUCAUCAGGUUUUAUGGUAGAAGACACAAGAGUAGAUGUUACAAUUGGUGAUGAUUCUAUUGAUGAUAGUGUGACAAAUAGAAGAAAGGAAAGACCAAUUUGGAUGAUGGAAAGUACUGUUAUUAAUACUGAUUCACAGCCUGAUGGAGUUAAUACCCAAGAAAAUAUUUUGGAUAAAGCUGCAGCUACUGCUACUAAUACAACAUCGACCAAUAAUAAACAAGGUGAAGAUAUAAUGUCUGUAUUAUUGGCUCAUGAGAAAAAAGGAGGAACAAAUUCAGCAGCUGCUAUAAAAUCUGUAUUACCUCAAGAAUCUAGUGAUAGUAGUGAUAAUGAAGAAAUUACUGAAAUGCAAGCUAUUGAUACAGGAGAGGUAGAAACCAUGGAUUCUGAAGAUGAAGAUCUUGUACCAACUGUAACUGUUGCAGGAAAAACAGUUGCUAUUGCAGAUGUAAAUGAUGCAUUAAUAGCAGAAAUGACUCCUGUAGAAAAAGAAGCAUAUAUUCAAGCAUAUCAAGAAUAUUAUUCGCAUAUGUAUGAUUAAUUAAUUAUAUACGAUAAUGCAGUCAGCAUUGAUAUGAAAUAUUUAACAAUGCCUUGAAAGACUGAGCGAUUAUUAAAAUUCUUGUAAUAUUUUGUAUAGUCAUAAAAUAAAUAACUUUCUGGGUUUGGUAAAAAAAAUUUAUUUUUAUUUUUUAUUUUUUUUUUCUUUCUUUUUAAUAUAAUAUAUUCAUACUAUAAUAUAUAUUCGUAUAAUGAAAUAUAAAGCAAAAGAAUUCAAAAAUUAGCAUUUUGAAAUUUUUAUUUCUUUUCUAAUAUACAGAUAUAAUUCAACAAUGUCAUCAAUUUUGUAAUAAAUGAACAUUUACAGACACGUUAUAGUCACUAUAAAUCAAAGUUAAUAGCAUACAUGUCACUUCUGGUAACGCGGGAAGAUUUUUAUCUUAGCCAAAUAUAAAUUAUUUAUUAAGCUUACUUAAAAUCAUUUUUUUUUUGUCUUCAUGUGAAUUUCUAACCGACCACCACCACCGGAUAGAAAUUAUAAGACGACAUAUUUUUUUUUUAAUACUUUUCGCUUUUUUUUGUAUUUUUUUAUUAUGUUUUUUUUAUAUUAGUAUAUUAAUAUUCAGCUCCAUAUAUCAAAACAAUCGUAUAUGGAUAUAAUUUUUUUUAUUCUUCGUAUAUCUUUUAUAGUUUUUUCAAUUUUUAGACAUAACUUACAUCAAAAGAAUCCUAAAAUCAACAAAUUCUACAUUAUGCAAUAU